CAUUGUGGGUUAUAGGACAUGCUGUGGUAAUGUCCCUCUUUCACAGUUUCUCUCUUCACUCUGUGGUAAUGUCACCUCUUUCAUAGUUUCUCUCUUCACUCUGGUUUUAGAUUGCCCUUUGGGUGACAGCUGCAGCCCGUCAGAUCCAGACCAUCAGGAAGACUUUCUUCCGGAAAGUAAUGUGCAUGGAGAUCGGCUGGUUUGACUGCAAUUCUGUGGGAGAAUUGAACACAAGAAUAUCAGAUGACAUCAACAAGAUUAACAACGCUAUUGCAGACCAGGUGUCCAUCUUCAUCGAACGGAUCUCCACCUUCAUCUUCGGCUUCCUGGUGGGGUUCCUUGGAGGCUGGAAGCUGACCCUGGUGGUCAUUGCAGCAAGCCCUUUGAUAGGCCUUGCAGCUGGAUUAAUGGCCAUGGCGGUGGCCAAGCUGACCGGUCGGGAGCUGUUAGCCUACGCCAAGGCGGGGGCGGUGGCGGACGAGGUGCUGUCCUCCAUCAGAACCGUGGUUGCUUUUGGAGGCGAGCAGAAAGAGGUCGAAAGGUAUGACAACAACUUGGUUGUGGCUCAGAACUGGGGUGUUAAAAAAGGAACCAUCAUUGGUCUGUUCCAAGGUUACCUCUGGUGCAUCAUUUUCCUGUGCUAUGCCUUGGCUUUUUGGUAUGGCUCAAAGCUGGUCAUCGACACCAAGGAGCUCUCUCCUGGGGGCCUAAUUCAGGUACCCCACUCCCCCCACACACUUAUCCUGCAAUAA